GCCUUGCCCCAGCUCUCCCCGCAGAAGCGCUGUUUGCUCACAAAAGCCAAGCGCGGCUCCGGCUGGGCAGCGCCUCGCCUUGGGCUGCCUGCGCCCUCGGUAGCUUCUCCGAGGAAAAGCCCCGCCGAGCCAGAGCUGCCGACUGCUGUCAUUCCUUCCCUCCCUCCUCCUCCUUUGGGAGAGAGACUGAUGUUUCUCAGCCCAGGCAGGAGCAGCACUGACAGGCACAAACUAUGAAUUACGUUGGGCAAUUAGCAGGCCAAGUCUUUGUGACAGUGAAGGAUUUCUAUAAAGGAUUAAAUCCUGCCACGUUAUCUGGAUGCAUUGAUGUCAUUGUUGUUCGCCAGCCUGAUGGAAACCUCCAGUGCUCCCCUUUCCACGUUCGCUUUGGCAAGAUGGGAGUUCUGCGCUCAAAGGAAAAAGUGGUUGACAUAGAAAUUAACGGAGAAUCUGUGGAUUUGCACAUGAAACUAGGGGACAAUGGAGAAGCAUUUUUUGUGGAAGAAACAAAUAAUGACAAGGAAGCUAUUCCAUACCACCUGGCUACCUCUCCUAUUAUUUCAGAGGGGGCAGCCCUCAUGGAAUUACAGAUUAAGAGAAACUCUAUCGAAAGGAUAAGAAACAUCGAUGCUGGGACUUCUUCUCAGCUGCCAAAUGCCGCCUCUACAUCUGCAAAUGAAUCCAUGACUGCAGGAGGUUCUGUGAAGAAAAGGAGGAAGCGGAGAAGGAAAUCUACCCAUAAAAUUGACAUUUCAAAAAGAGAUGAAAAUGCAGAUACCAGUGAAGAUGAAAAUGUGUUCGCUAUAGAAAUCUCUGAUGAAGAAAAUGAGCUGCUAGAAAAUACAAGAACGUCUAUUCCUGAUCUGUGUAAGGAUGAGCCACUUGAAGUAAACUGCUCUGCAAUCAACAUACUUUCUCAUCCUCAUUCUGAUGGAGAAUGGUCACCUCCACAAAGUAAACCUAGAACAUGUACAGGGAAGUCCUCUCACCUUACUGUUCCAGCAGAGGGAGGCUUGUCUAGUUCUUGUCCUCACCAGUCUUCUCACUAUCCAGCCACACGCAGCCCCUCAGGGUCCCGGCCUCCCACUCCUAAAAGUGAUUCAGAACUAAUCAACAAGUCUUCGGAGAGAGGUAUUCUGAAGAGUGACCCCCAAAUGCAUUGGGACUGGGGAGAACUACCUCAAGCCACAAAGACUUCUGCUUCUCUCAAGCCAAAAGAAUCCAGCACGACAGUGAAUGUGUGUCCUUCUGAAAGCACCCAUUUCCGAAUCAUUCCGAGUAACAAUUCGGAAGAACUUCCAAGUACAUCUGCCUUAUCUAUCCCUGCGCAGGAUAGUACAGUGAUAGCUCUUGAGGAAAUUGAACACCGGAGAUCAGCUGGAGCUGAGAUACAGGAGCCAGAUGUGGACACUUUAGGGGCAGCUGCUCCUCCACUCCCUGCAAGCGAAGAAGUAAAACAGCCUGUGACGUGCACAAUGCACCCAGUGAGCAAAACAGACUCUCCCUCCAGGAAAAAAGAUAAGCGGAACCGACAUCUUGGUGCAGAUGGUGUUUAUUUGGAUGACCUCACAGACAUGGAGCCAGAGGUUGCUGCACUUUAUUUUCCUAAAAAUGGUGAUAAUAUUGCCCACUUGAAGAACAUGCAUGACAAUGGAUCCCGCUCAGCGAAUCAGUCCCCUCAAUCAGUUGGAAGCUCAGGCGUUGAUAGUGGUGUCGAAAGUACCUCUGACGGAAUAAGAGACUUGCCAUCCAUUGCUAUUUCACUCUGUGGAGGACUUGGGGACAACAAAGAAAUUUCUAAAGAGAGAUUUUUAGAACAAGAAGUGACAUAUCAGCAGUUUGUGGACAAUCCAGCAAUCAUUGAUGACCCUAACCUUGUAGUGAAGAUUGGAAGCAAAUACUACAACUGGACAACAGCGGCUCCCCUCCUGUUGGCAAUGCAGGCAUUUCAGAAACCUUUGCCAAAGUGUUCUUGUUUAAGUUACUUCUACAUAGUUCUGGAUUACAUUAGGUUUUGCUUUGACAAGAUUUGUGGUCCACAGCUAGCCACUGUGGAUUCUAUAAUGAGGGAUAAGAUGCCCAAAAAAGGUGGAAGAUGGUGGUUUUCAUGGCGAGGGAGGAAUAGCUUUAUCAAAGAGGAAUCAAAGCCUGCACAAGGUCUGGGUGGAAACGAAGAGUUGAACAUUGUAGACAGAAUCAAAGAUGAGUCUUCUUCGAGUGAUGAAGAACAUCGAACUACAAAUCAAGCACUUGGAACUUUAAUGACAAAUGCCAAUCACCAUCCUCUGUUAUCUGGAGUAGGUUACAAAAAGAGCCUUCGACUCAGUUCUGAACAACUUAAAAGUCUAAACCUUAAGAGUGGCCCCAAUGAUGUAAUCUUUAGUGUUACAACACAGUAUCAAGGAACAUGUCGUUGUGAAGGCACCAUCUAUUUGUGGAACUGGGACGACAAGGUCAUUAUAUCUGACAUUGAUGGCACAAUCACGAGGUCAGAUACGUUAGGUCAUAUUUUGCCUACUCUUGGCAAAGACUGGACACAUCAAGGCAUUGCCAAAUUGUACCAUAAAGUGAACCAAAAUGGAUAUAAGUUCCUGUACUGUUCAGCACGUGCUAUAGGGAUGGCAGAUAUGACCCGAGGAUAUUUGCACUGGGUCAACGAGCGAGGGACAGUAUUGCCUCAAGGUCCUGUCUUACUGAGUCCCAGCAGUUUGUUCUCAGCUUUCCACAGAGAGGUGAUAGAGAAGAAGCCAGAGAAAUUUAAAGUACAGUGUCUAACUGACAUCAAAAAUUUGUUUCAUCCCAACACAGAACCUUUUUAUGCUGCUUUUGGCAACAGGCCUGCUGAUGUGUAUUCCUACAAGCAGGUGGGUGUCUCAUUAAACAGAAUAUUCACUGUUAACCCCAAAGGGGAGCUAAUUCAAGAGCAUGCCAAGACCAACAUUUCAUCGUAUGUGAGACUCUGUGAAGUCGUAGAUCAUGUAUUUCCCUUGCUGAAAAGAAGCCAUUCUUCAGAUUUUCCAUGUUCGGACACUUACAGUCAAUUCACAUACUGGAGGGAUCCAUUGCCACCUUUUGAAAAUCAGGACGUUCAUUCUGAUGUGCCAUAGUGGCUUAUGAGUCUUCUUAGCGGGAGUUCAAGGAUUCACUUCGGUUUCUGCACUGCAGCAGCAUGGCUGGAUUUUUGCCACUUACAGUUCGCCCAGAGUUUGGGAUGUAGUGAACGUUUCUUAAAUGCCAGUUCAGAAAUUCCUUUAUUGUCCUUCAAAGUAACAUUUCUGAAUGUUGCACUCCCGGCUCUUCUCCAGCAUCAUGCUCGAGAUAUACCACAAACGGUAUGGUCUUAUUAUGCAAGGACAUUUCUGAGUGCCAUGAUACUGUGCUUCUUAAGAGCAAAUCCUAUGUGGUCUUCAAUUGUUCCAUGAUGGCUUCCAUACCAGUGUGGGAUUUGUUUCUAGUCUGAGAUUAUCAUUGUGGGCUUCCAGCCUCUAUGUUUUGAGUAGAGCAGGGGACAGUAAUUAUAAGUCAGUGAGCUGAAUACUUAUUUCUGUGAGAACCAUAAAAUAUUUGAUCAACAAAGAAUGACCAAAGCUACUGAACAGAAAUCAAUUGGUCUGCAAUCUAAACUUUUCUAGCUAAUUCCCAGAGUUGGACUUAGUUUCCAUUGGCUGGGUGUCUGGCCAUGCCUCCCAGUAUUAUAUAUGGCAAAAUGAAGCUGCCAGAUUGCUUUGUACACUUGUGGUACUUCUCCACAAGAAGAACAACAUUGAGUGCACUUAUGCUACUACUUUGUGUGUGCUAUCAGCGUCCCUGAAUUUACAGAAAGAAAAUGAUAAAGGUAGAGAUUGGCCAAGUCCCUGGAAAAGGAUUUAAACUCUGUACAGCAGGUUUUGCUUUAUUCAAGGAGUAAUCCUGCUGAAGGUGCUGGAAUAACUAGUUGCCCUGCCUUGGAAUGCCUUCAGGUCAUGUAUUGAGAUACAUUUGUUUUUUGAGUGGGGAGAUGGUGCUUAAGGCCUAGUUACUCAAACAUAAUAUGAACUGUUGACUCUGCUGAGAUGUGAUGUACCCGUUCAUAAAUCAAUGAGAGUGAGAAAUCAUUCCCAACAUUAUGUUUUUCACUGUGGUUUCUGGUCGUUGCUUCACCAAAAAGAAUGAGUUCAUUUAAUGAGACCUGGGAUGUUCUGAGCUGACAAAUACAGCAGAUGUCAGUAUCUGUUCCUGAGUACAAACAAUAUGUUCCUGGAAGCAGUCUUUAUUUGCUUGGUGAACUUCAUGGGAGCUGCAUUGCUUGGGUCCACAGAUUUUAUUUGCACUACUUUUUGAAUCUUUUUUUUUUUUUUGCUGUCUGUGGAUCCUUCUCUUGCCGUGGUUUCUCUUUUCUCCACCAAAUUCCCUGGCAACAUUAUAUGGAUUCUGUACCAUAUAGGUAGUCAUCAUAGGGAGUUUGCAUUUUAAUUUUGCAUUUCUUUUCUUUGUUCAUGGUUCUUUUUUGAUGCUUUGUAAUCUUUGGUUGCCUUGAGGUUAAUGAUUAUGUUACAAGCAAGUCUUUUUUUUUCAAGAAGUAGCUUUAUAAGUUGCUGAUCUUCCUUAAAAGAAAGGUUUCUGCUGCUCAAAUGCCAAAUGAUGCUUGAAGCAAUUUGGCUUUUAAAUUUGUUUUUUAAAAUAAUAUUUAUUGGUGAGUGAAUGAUGGAGGCUAAGAGGCAAAGUGGAUUGGAUGACCGUCAACUUUGUGAAUUGGUACCAAAGUCCUCUGAGGGGAUGUAAUACUUUGUGGAGUGAAAGAGAAGGAAGUCCCUGAAUUCAUCCUUCCCCUGGUUGUGUAUUCCUUUCAGAAAGAUCUCCCCAACCAUUUCUUGCAGUUAAUAGUGAAAGGGAAAUAAGCAUUUGGAUUUAUUGGCUCUUUACAAUUCCCUGGGUUGUGUGAAAUUCAGUGGGCUUUAUGUGACCCACAGUCCUCCCAAAUGAUUAUUCUGCUAGCUUUACAGUGCUGUGCUUGGCUUGUUUACUCAGAAGCUACUCCUCUGAGGUCAGUGAGACUUAUUGCCAGUUAAGUGCCUAUCAGAUUACAGCCUUCAUUCUGCAAGUUGUCUACUAAACCACACUUAUUUCUGGUGUACUCCUCUGGUCAAGGCAUAUGCCAUGGAUGGGCUGGAACCUAAUUUUGACCCCCCCCCCUUUUUCCUUGAGAGUUGUUACAAAUAACAUGUCUUUCUCCAAUUUUGAUUGUUUCACUUUUUUUGAAGAAAUGCUGAAAAUAGCCCUUCCCUUCCCAAGACUAUUACCAUUCUCUGCAUCUUGCUUUGAUGGGCCAUUGCUGCUCUUUGAGGUGCUCAGGAGUAGUUGCUCUCUCCCACCUCCUUUUUUUCUUUUACUUGUGAACAUCCAUGUCCCAAAUAAUUCUCACUCGAUAUAUGCCCUUUUGUGUAUCUCUGUAUAUUUACAGACUCCGAGGGUGAUGCAAAAUCUUGCCUGAAUUGACAGGACUGUGAGUAUUUUCACAAGAGCAGUUCUUAGCUGUCUCACUCAGAACCUAAACCGAUGUUGAUUUUGCGUUCAUAUUUUAUUAAAAAGUUCCCUGUGAAUGAAUGACUACUUCCUGAAGGAGUAUAUCUGCUGGCUAUGUUUCCUGCUUCUCUGCAACCUAAAGCACAGAUGCAGAGCGGAAACAUUUAAAAUCCUGCUGAUCGAAUGUUUGACAGGGCAGUAGAACUGGGCUUGGUAAUCAAUCUAAUUUGCUUUUCCAAACCACUGACUAGCAGAAUUAUAGCAUUUUUUUUUAAAAAAGGGAAAUGAGGACAAGCUCUGUUUGCACAUCUGGCUUCCUAUCUAGCUAUGGAUACAAACAUGCUGCUUGGUUAUGUAUUAUCUGGAUCAUGAUACUGUUAUGAUAUCAUAAUGUACAUAAUGAGGUAGAUUCAUGAGCUAGAAAGGUGGGAUUUUACUGAAGAUAAUGUUGGUUGCUGCAGAAGUUAAAUUUGGGUAAAAAGGCAGUGCCCAAGUUACAAAUAUCCAAUUUAGAAACGACUCAUAGUUAAAAAUGGUUGUGAGACGACAGGUAGUGAGAGAAACCUACCCCUCGGAAGAGAAAUUCACUCCUGGAAGAGUUAUGGGGAAAAGGUGUCUCCACUGAAGCUUUAUCACCAAUCCUUGUUGCCACAAUAAACUAAUUUUUUCAAAAUCCAAUUGUCACAGGGAGUGAGAAAGUGAGGCAAAAUCUUUCUGAACAAGGACAUAUAGACAGCAAAACAAACCCCACAGGGGUGUUCACCCCCCCCCCCCUACGCUAUUCGGAGGUUACAUACACACACACACACACACACACACACAGACAUACACAGAUAUAUAUACACAUUCAUACAUAUACGUACACACACACACACAUAUAUAUGGCUGGAGUUACCCUUAAAAUUUUUUUGUUCCAACUUAUAAACAAAUUCAACUUAAGAACAAACCUAUAGAAUCUUGUUCUUAACUUUGGAGACUGUUGUUCGGCGUCAUGAUUUUAUAUGGGUAUAGUUACCCCCCCCCCCCCCCGCCCCAAGAACAGACAUUGAUCCGCGGUUAUAUGUGCCUGUCACUUAUUGAGACCUCAUUAAUUCAAUUGACAAGGAAUACUCUGGUGGUUUUGCCAAUUUCCCCCCCCCCCCCUGAAAUUUAGUUUACAGCACCUGUGAUUCAGUGGAGGUCUCUCAUCUCGGAAGUACUGAUCAGGGCUUCGUUUGCUGAUCUUCUAAAAAUAAAUGGGAUCUGGUACCUUUAUGAUACUUAGGACCUCCAAUAGCAUGAUAUAAUUUUUCACUUCUUAUCUCUAGCUUCCUCCUAUUAUCAAAUUUUCCAUGAGUAAAGAAAAAUGCAAUUUUUGAUUAUCUCAGGCAGUUGUUCUAGAGUUUACAGUAUUUUCGAAGUCCAGAAGUUUAUAUUGGAAAAGAUGAAAUAUGGUGGGGGCAUCUGCAAGAAUAUAACCCAAGUUUUAGGCUGGAUCUAAACUGCCUUAUAUCCCAGGUUCAGAUCCUAGGUUAUCUUCUUAUCUCAGAUUAUAUGGUAGUAUAGACUCAUAUAAUUCAGUUCAAAGCUGUUUUUUUCCCCUUGUCAGGAGUGACUUGAGAAACUCCAAUAUGCUUCUGGUGUGAGAGAAUUGGCUGUCUGCAAGGAUAUUGCCCAGGGGACACCCGGAUUUUUUUUUUGAUGUUUUAACAUUCUGUGGGAGGCUUCUCUCAUGUCUGGACAUGGGGAGCUAGAGCUGACAGAUGAGGGCUCACCCUGCUCUCCUGAUUCGAAUCAUCAACCUUUCAGUCAGUAGUUCAACAAGCACAAGGGUUUAACCCGUUGCACCACCAGGGGCUCCAGUUCAAAGCAGAAAAUCUGGGAUCAGAUUCUGGGAUAUAGGGCAAUGUAGAUCUAGCCUUAGAGAAGUGUGUCUCUUAUUACAGGUUAUAUCAGCAGCUCCGUAUCUUCUUUGACAUUAAUGUCUCACGAUUGCAUGUUGAAUUUCAACAAUAUAGACGUUAUUUUAUGUCUGUCUUUGUUCUCCCUAUGAUCCUGUGACUUAGAACAUCUUUGUGAUGAUCCAUCCAAAAUUAAGCAGUCCUUAUUCCCAUUGACUUAACGGGAGAAUUUCUUAACUCUGUUGCAGAUCAGUGUGAUGCAGCAUUUAAACUUGAUCUUGUUAAUCCUAUCCCUAUCCAUCUAAGAAGCAAAGUCUCCAUUUUUGUAGGCCAUUAGCCAUUAACUUUAUUUUGUGAAUGUUCUUUCAUGCUAUCAUUUUCCGGACUUGCAUUCCAGUGACCUGGGAACUGGGCCAGUCCAAAUUUUGGAAGAGUUCUUUUAGGGAAGAUUCUGGCAAUUACAUUCCAGAAAUAUAAUUUUUUCAAACUCUGGUCUGGUACUGUCCUUGGCGAUAAUGCAUUAUCUUCCCCAGCUCUGAUUGAAGCUGUAGAAUUCUGCAAGUUCAUGUAAAACUGCUUCCAGAAACCUCAACUAAUGUUUACCCCUUCUACACUGCAAUAUAAUUCCUGAUUAUCUGCUUUGAAUUGAAUUAUAUGGCAGUGUAGACUCAUAUAAUCCAGUUCAAAGCAGAUAAUGUGGGUUAUCUGCUUUGAUAAUCCGGAUUAUAUGGCAGUGUAGAAAGGGGCAUAGAAAGUUGUUACUUCUGCUGUUUGGCUCUUUCUCCAGUGGCAUAUAGGACCUGCAGGUACAUUGCACUCAGCCAGUAUAUCCUUGACCUUGAUAGAUCAUUGCUGAGAACAAUUUAAUUGCUGUUACUUAGGUUAUUUAAAAAAUAGCUGCAGGUCCACAGUUUCUAAAUAGUUUCACUUUGGCUGCUCGUUUCUUUAUGCACACCUUUAAACUGUGUUGUUGACUUCCCAAAGAAAUGCAGCAUCAGUAACCUUGGAAUAGCUGAUUGAGUUUUUAUUCUUUCUGUGAAAGAAUAUAUAUAUAUAUAUAUAUAUAUAUUUAUAUUUAUCAUGAUUUUCCUUUAAAUGUACUGGUGAUUUUCUGUUAUAGAAAAAAAAGGUACUUCUUCCAAUGCACUCUGUAUGCAGAAAUAAAAUGCCAACAUUAUGCUUUCUUUUAGACAAUGCAAGAAACCCAUCCCUGUUUGUUUCCAUAAACGUGAUGGCCAUUUCCCCUCCACAUCUGCUACAUGGAAAUAAAAAAAUAGAAAAUGCCAAUGUUGGGAUGGAAUGGGUGACAUUACGUUAUUUUGUUUUGGGACUGUUGAAUAUCUCUCUGGGAAUUACUUUUUCCAUAUGUAUACACUAGUACAAUGAAUUAUAGAAAACAAUGUAACAUCUCAUUUUGAUGAUGGAUUGAAUGCAAAAAAUAUAUAUUGUAAUACAUGCAAUCCUAUUAAAAUAUGUUCUGAAAAUCUG